AUGGAAGCUAACAGGAGGGAAAAAUGUAAAUGCCACGGCGUCAGCGGCAGCUGCUCCCAAAAAGUCUGCUUCCCUCAGCUACAGCGCAUCGACACACAGGUCGUUCAACAGGCCCUGAAGAAACAAUAUCUGGUACGUUGCCAUACAGUUUCUCUUCUACUUGUCUCUUUGUUGAGUCAAUUAACAUUGGCUUUCUUGACGGAGGGCAGGAUAGCCAAACGUGUACUGCAUGUUCGACAGCUCCGAUGA